AUGGCAACUGCAAAUAUAAAAACUGAAGAUGAAGAAUAUGAACAAUGGCAUGCAGCUGAAGCAAUGCGUAAUCCACAUCAAUGGGCUGAUUCUAGUGAUGAUGAAAAUGAUGAUAUAGAUAAUCAUGAAUUUUUUGAUGCACAUGAUACUGAAUUGCAUAAAAAUCCAUCAUCUUCCACUGAAGGUCAUGCUGAAGCAGAACUUUUACAUAAACGUCUUAAUUCACAACUAUCUACAGAUGAACAAGUACAAAAAAAAUCACCAGAAGAUCCAUACUUUAUCGAUGAAGAAUUACUUGCUGAACGUGAAACACUUUUAACAGAAGAAGAUAAAGAAAAACGUCAUAAAGAAUCGCAAACAUCAAAAGAAGAAGGUAAUAAUUUAUUCGGUCGUGGUGAAUAUGAUCAAGCAUUAGAACAAUACAGUCAUGCAUUAUCAUUUUGUCCAAUGAAAUAUACUCGUGAUCGUGCUGUUAUCUAUGCAAAUCGUGCAGCAUGUUUAAUGAAGAUGGAAAAAUAUGAAUCUGCUGUUCAAUCUUGUACACAAUCGAUUAAAUAUGAUCCAAAUUAUAUAAAAGCUUUUGUACGUCGUGCUGAAUCUUAUAAAUCUAUUGAUAAAUUAGAAGAAGCAUUACAAGAUUAUCAGAAAAUUCUUGAACUUGAUCCAAAUAGUGCACAAGCACGAAAAGAAGUCUAUAUUUUACCCGAUCAAAUAAAAGAACGUAAUGAAAAAUUAAAAGAUGAAAUGUUAGGUAAAUUAAAAGAAUUGGGAAAUAUGGUAUUAAAACCAUUUGGUCUAUCUACAAAUAAUUUCAAACUUCAACAAGAUCCAUCGACUGGUUCUUAUAGCGUUAAUUUUCAAAAAUGA